GCGCAGGGAGGGCAAAGCCCGCUGCCCCUCGGGGCCGGGCACCGCGGGGGUGUCCUGCGGCCUCCCGCCGGCAGGCGGCACCGCUGCAUUCCCGGGCUUUGUUCCCGUCGGCGCCAGGCAGUCAGCUGAGGGGCCGCGCCGAGCGCCGGAACUUCACGCUAUUUACACGUUUCAGCAGGCAGGGGCAGCAGCGGUCAUUGGCUGCAAACUACGCAACUUUUGUGUUAAUUGCUGCUCAAGCCCCAUCUGCUGGCUGUGUCUCCCGCUGCUCAUGUCGAUCGGUCCUGCCCUCCCUCUGAGCCUGGCGUCAGUUCUCAGUACGUGGCCAGUGAGUCGGUGGUCGCGAUCGCCCACAGCCGGGAUUGCCAUCCCCCAGUCAGCCCCGCCGACUUUGCUCCUGGUGGCUCUCGUCCGGACAGCCCAUACAACUUCGGGCUGUCUGCCCUAUUCCUUAAAACUCCAACCAAGCAUCCGAUGCUCGCAAUGCAGCUGAUUGAUGGUAACCGUCCAGCUAUCGGAUGCUAAUUUAGGAAGAUAAAAGGCGAAGCUGGACUCGGACCCUUCCGCAGGGCCGGGUGCCGCCCCUCUGGGGCGGAGCGUCCUCAGCGAUGGCGGCGGCGGGGCCGCCCCUCGGCGCUGACGGGGCCGUGGCGGCUCCCGGCGCAGCGAUGGCGGCGGGCAGCGCCGUGUGGCUCGGCGGGGACCCGGUGGAGUGGGUGCUGUGCCCCUACGACGUCCAUCACCGCGUGCCCCGCGCGUCGCUGGAGAGGCACGCGGCGUCCUGCCGGCUGCGCAGGAUGGGAUACUCCGCCGAGGAGGAGGCCGAGAUGUACGACUCCAGCUUUUUCUACGAAAACCUGAAGGUUCCCACCAUCGCCAUGGAUAAAGAUCUACAGUUUCACAUUGUUAAGCAGGCUAGAGCCCAAAGUGCAAAGGAAGGUGCAGGCUACAGUGAAGGUUCUUACUCAUUACUGCCCAUAGAAGUUCCUCAAAACCACAAGCGUUCCACCUGUGACCUGAGCCAGGCUGACCGCCUUGCUCUUUACGAUUACGUUGUUGAGGAGACAAAGAAACAGAAAUCCAGAUCCCAGAUAACGGAAAAUGACAGUGAUCUCUUUGUGGAUUUAGCAGCGAAAAUCACCCAAGAUGAUAGCCAGAAAGGUCCGAAGUCCCACCUUGAAAUUCUGGCUGAAAUGCGAGAUUACAAAAGGCGGCGGCAAUCAUACAGAGCUAAGAAUGUUCAUAUAACAAAGAAGUCCUACACUGAGGUGAUUCGGGAUGUGAUUGGUGUGCAUAUGGAAGAACUCAGCAAUCAGUGGCAGGAGGAGAACAGGUUGGAUAAUGCAGAGAUAUGUGAAGGAGGGAAGUCGAAAUCUUCAGGAAGUUUAUUUUCAGAAGGGAAGACAGGCGGUCAGCGUCAGUGGACUCUCGGCAGUCUGGGGGAAGCAGUAAGGAUACGGAGUGCACGAGACACAGGAGAGACACCAGCAGGAGUCCAAGUAAACGAAGGAGGAGUCGGGAGAGAGGCAAAGACAGAGACUCUCGGAGAAAAAGAGAGAGGGAUGAAGACAAGUAUUACAAUCACAAAAGAAGAAAGUAGGAACAAGAACCUGAUGAUUUUGUUUGUCAGCUGUUCAAAACAUAACUUCCACAAGAACUAUUGUUACUGCUGUUUUGCCCAAGACAGUAAAGGUGUGCACAUAAUAUUGGUGUUGAAUCACACCUGUGCUGCUUGGAGACGAAAAAGUGCUACAAUUUGUCAGGAUGGAAGUAGUACAUUUCAGAUAAUGUGUAAAUCUGUAACAUUUAUACAUCUGUUAAUAAAUUAUAUUGAUCUCUCAUGUAUUUGAGUUAUUCUGACAAUUUUUUGUCAUAAAAUUUAUGAGAGGUUGUA